AAUAUUUCACGUUAAAAAACUAUUAGCCUAUUAUCGUGAAAGUAUUUCAUAUUAUACACAAAGGAUACUGGACACAUACCACUAGAAAGUUAUGAUUACAACUAUUAUUCACGACUAAAUUGGCCAGUCCAACGAUUAAUAUGGACAUCUGGACUGGUCGCAGCUACUUUAGUUUAUGUACCAUUUUCUGUUUUACAAUGUUCUCAGGAGGCAUGUGGUCAUUGGAAUACUAAAGAAUCUUAUUUUUAGAAAGUAGUUACCACUAUGACUACACAGAAUAGUGCUUGUGUAAGCACUAGCAAUGGUAAUACUCUAACAACAACAGCUUCAUCAACCCCCAGCAACCCGGUUCCAACCAGCAUGCUUUCCUUCCGUUUUGCAACACCAAACAACACACAAACACCCUAUUAUAUAUCAUCUGAUAUAGUUCUAAGUGGUGGUAUCGCACAGCAGAACAGAAGGAGAAUUGUUCACAAUGAAGUUGAAAAACGGAGGAAAGAUAAAAUCACUAAUUGGAUAAAGAAACUUGCAGACCUUUUGCCAAGACAUCGUGUUACUAAACAGAGCAAGAAUUAUGUGUUAGAGACAGCUUGUGAAUAUAUUAAAGAACUUAAUGGCAUUAGCACAGAAUUCAGUGAGCUGAAGCUAAGCAAGCAAUUACUGGAACAAGAAGUAUCAGAGCUGAAAAACAAGGUGAACAAACUCGAGGAGGAGAACAAACGUUUAUCACAACUCAUUCAUGAUAACAAAGUAACAUUACCAAGUACAUGGAGUGAUGCAUCCGUAAUUACGACAACGAUGAGAGCAACAUCUUCAUCAAGAAACUCCAAUACCCAAACGUGUUCUUCUGCAUGCACGCAAGCGACAGAUUCAACACCGCAGGCGCGAACGUUGGUAGUACCAGGAGCUCCUGAUUUAACACCGAUAUCGAAUAAUUCAAGUAUAACUAAUCGGCUUUCAGUCACAUCCAUAUUAUCGAGUGCGAACAAUCAGCAGACUGCGUCAAACUCUAGAAGUAAAACUUACGACAGGCUCGCGACAGCCGGUUCGAUGAAUAAGAAUAUGGUUGUUUCGACUCAGUCAUCGAACACACCAAGAGGAAGCAUGUGCGUACCAGCGACUAGAACACCCAAUGCCCACAGAAGGCAUAACCUAACCGAAACAGUACUUGGUAGUGGGUUACCACAAACUUCGAGAUCAUCACAUAUGUCCACUUCAGCAAAUGACCUAACUAAGGUGACCCUCGCAAGCCGGGAACCUUCUGUGAACGCCCCUGUCCAACCAAGUUUUGCACCGCUAACUCAAACCACCAUUGUUUCAAGUGUCGCCAAUGCGAACACCAUUGCCCAGUUUUCGCAGCAAUCUACUCUAGCUCCUACUUCAUUUGAAAGAGGAUUUACGCAGCAAGUACGACCGAACCAAGUACAAGACAAUAUUUCGCAAUUACCAUACAGUAUUGAUGCCUUGACGGGUAACCAGACGUCGCAUACACGGCACCAGGGUUCUGGAACAGGGCAUCUUACAAGCUUUUCUGCAGAGUCGCUAAUUGGACGUCAACAACCGAGUAAUGAUAUCGUUGUGAUGAACACUCCAGUCAAUCAACCAGUUAUCCAAAAUACUUUCACAUUAACACACCCGACAACUCUAACAAACUCCAGUGUUCCAUCGAGCAGCGCGCCACCACAAAGCUUUUCGAAUUUCUCAGCUCUUUCCUUAGUCGGAAGCAAUGAUGCGUUUUCCGUGAGCUCAAGUUCUGCCACCCAGACAUUACCACGUUCUACAACCACCGUGCACGACACGGCUAAUAUAUCCCAAUCAAGCAAUCAGAUGUUUACCGACUUUUCAACCGAAUCGUUGAUAGGGCCUAGCGAAUUCACUUCAGACUUUGCUAUCGAUAAUCUUAUAUCGCGGUCAGACUCCAACGUUCACAUGGCUACGGUCAACCCAAAUCUGAUUCAAUCAUUUGGUAAAGGAAACGACCCAAUGAUUUCGAGUGUGAGUGGUGAUCAUGUCAACCACUCGUCGCACAAUUUUGAUCCUCCUGGUCUCAAUAUCGGAGGAGUGUUUUCUCCCCAUCUGUAUCCAACAUACUGGAGUUAGCAUGGUGGAGAAUUUCUUGUUCUUCCAGUCUCGCAGACUCGCAGUAUACCAGGGGAAAGUUCACACCGCGGUUUUCUCUUAUUAUACUACAGUACUGAGACAUAUGUGUAUCGAAGACAAAGUGUUUCAAAGGGAGGAAAAGCUUGAAGUAUUUCGCCACCAGUUGAUAGACCAGUUAUAUCAACAUUGCUCCUGAUUUGUGGCGUUAUUUAAUGCGAAUGGCGAUUGGGAACUUUUCACCAUGCGGUGUAUCCAAUUGUUUAUGAUUAGCGUACUGUAGUAGGCCUUAUUGGUACUACUACUAUUAAUAAUUUGACAAUUUCUAUGGCGCUUUCUGUAUGAAAUGAUCGAAAGCGCAAGCGGUACUAUGCUGCUCAAGGCGAAAACAUUGGAUUUAAAUACUAGCCAAUUAGUUAAAAGAAAAAUUUUGGCGAAAUUGUUAUCUCUCUCUCUCUCUCUCUCUCUACAUAAUGGUUUUGUGCAGCCUGCCAUAUUUUGGGGGUGUUAUUCCUCGAUCUUCACUGCGAAUGGGUGGAAACGACAGAUACUACAUCUGGUCAUAUAAACCUGCAAUUGGACUUUAAUAUCUCACUAAUGCGAGUUCUCUGCUACUAGAUUAUUGAUGAGGUUUCGAAUCACCUGAAAUAGGAAACACGUAAAUCGCACCAUUGUGUAAAGAAGAAUUGGCACUCUGACGUGGAGCGGACACCGCAAUACCUGAUGCGGUUGCAAGACUCAAUGGAACCACCUCUCGUCCAAAUUGACUGAAUCUCUGUAAAGGAAUAAAAUACAACCGUUUUUUGAUCACCGAAAUAAAGUGUUAUAUACAAUCUCGUA